GGCGGCUGCACGCGCGAGCGCACGGGUGCGAACGGGAAACGCCGCGAGGGCCGGGGCAGGCCAGGCGGUGGGGACGACGGACGGCGACUAUGGCCGCGGCAGCGGGCGGCGGCGGGCCGGGAGCGGCAGCGGGCGCCGCGGGCUCGGGGGCUCCGGCAGCGGCCGCGGGCCUGGCCGUUUAUCGGCGGAAGGACGGUGGCCCGGCCAGCAAGUUUUGGGAGAGCCCUGAGACGGUGUCUCAGCUGGAUUCGGUGCGGGUCUGGCUGGGCAAGCACUAUAAGAAGUAUGUUCAUGCGGAUGCUCCUACCAAUAAAACGCUAGCUGGGCUGGUGGUGCAGCUUCUCCAGUUCCAGGAAGAUGCCUUUGGGAAACAUGUCACCAACCCAGCCUUCACCAAACUCCCUGCAAAAUGUUUCAUGGAUUUCAAAGCUGGAGGCACCUUGUGUCACAUUCUUGGAGCUGCUUACAAGUAUAAAAAUGAACAGGGAUGGCGGAGAUUCGACCUACAGAAUCCGUCCCGAAUGGAUCGUAAUGUUGAAAUGUUUAUGAAUAUUGAAAAAACAUUGGUACAGAACAACUGUCUGUCCAGACCGAACAUCUACCUCAUUCCAGACAUUGAUCUGAAAUUGGCUAGCAAAUUGAAAGAUAUCAUCAAACGACAUCAGGGGACAUUUACUGAUGAGAAAUCAAAAGCUUCCCACCAUAUUUAUCCAUAUUCUUCCUCACAAGAGGAUGAAGAAUGGUUGAGACCAGUGAUGAGAAAAGACAAGCAGGUGUUAGUGCACUGGGGCUUUUACCCAGACAGUUAUGAUACUUGGGUCCAUAGUAAUGAUGUUGAUGCUGAAAUUGAAGAUCCACCAAUUCCAGAAAAACCAUGGAAGGUUCAUGUGAAAUGGAUUUUGGACACUGAUAUUUUCAACGAAUGGAUGAAUGAGGAAGAUUAUGAGGUGGAUGAGAACAGGAAGCCUGUGAGUUUUCGUCAGCGAAUUUCAACAAAGAAUGAAGAGUGUGGCAAGUGCCAAGCUAGUCUUUACGGGAAGCGCAGAAGUCAGAAAGAGGAAGAUGAGCAAGAAGAUCUCACCAAGGAUAUGGAGGACCCAACACCUGUACCCAAUAUAGAGGAAGUAGUACUUCCCAAAAAUGUGAACCCAAAGAAAGAUAGUGAAAAUACACCUGUUAAAGGAGGAACUGUAGCAGAUCUAGAUGAGCAGGAUGAAGAAACAGUCACAACAGGAGGAAAGGAAGAUGAAGAUCCUAGCAGAGGUGAUCAGAGUCGGUCAGUUGACCCUGGAGAAGAUAAUGUGACAGAGCAGACCAAUCACAUUAUUAUUCCCAGCUAUGCAUCAUGGUUUGAUUAUAACUGUAUUCAUGUGAUUGAACGACGUGCUCUUCCUGAGUUCUUCAAUGGAAAAAACAAAUCCAAGACUCCAGAAAUAUACUUGGCGUAUCGAAAUUUUAUGAUUGACACAUACCGCCUUAACCCCCAAGAGUAUUUAACCAGCACUGCUUGUCGGAGGAACUUGACUGGAGAUGUGUGUGCUGUGAUGAGGGUUCAUGCCUUUUUAGAGCAAUGGGGACUUGUUAAUUACCAAGUUGAUCCAGAAAGUCGACCCAUGGCGAUGGGACCUCCUCCUACUCCACAUUUUAAUGUAUUAGCUGAUACCCCCUCUGGGCUUGUGCCCCUGCAUCUUCGGUCACCUCAGGUCCCUGCUGCUCAACAGAUGUUAAAUUUUCCUGAGAAGAACAAGGAAAAACCAAUUGAUUUGCAGAACUUUGGUCUCCGUACUGACAUUUACUCUAAGAAAACAUUAGCAAAGAGUAAAGGUGCUAGUGCUGGAAGAGAAUGGACUGAACAGGAGACCCUUCUACUCCUGGAGGCCCUGGAGAUGUACAAGGAUGAUUGGAACAAAGUGUCAGAACAUGUUGGAAGUCGUACUCAGGAUGAAUGCAUCCUCCAUUUCUUGAGGCUUCCCAUUGAGGACCCGUACCUUGAGAAUUCAGAUGCUUCCCUUGGGCCUCUGGCCUACCAGCCUGUUCCCUUUAGUCAGUCGGGAAACCCGGUCAUGAGUACUGUUGCUUUUUUGGCAUCUGUGGUGGACCCUCGUGUGGCAUCUGCUGCAGCAAAAGCAGCUUUGGAGGAGUUUUCUCGGGUCCGGGAGGAGGUACCACUGGAAUUGGUUGAAGCUCAUGUCAAGAAAGUACAAGAAGCAGCACGAGCCUCUGGGAAAGUGGAUCCCACUUAUGGCCUGGAGAGCAGCUGUAUUGCAGGCACAGGGCCCGAUGAGCCAGAAAAGCUUGAAGGUGCCGAAGAGGAAAAAAUGGAAGCAGACCCUGAUGGUCAACAAUCUGAAAAGGCAGAAAACAAAGUGGAAAAUGAAACAGAAGAAGGUGAUAAAGCACAAGAUAGAGAAAAUGAAAAAAACAAUGAGAAGGAACAGCAGGAUAGUGAAGUUAGUGAGGAUACCAAAUCAGAAGAAAAGGAGACUGAAGAGAGCAAAGAAUUCACUGAUGCAUGUAAAGAAAGAGAAAGAGAAAGUGAUAUCGGGAAGAAGAAAGUAGAACAUGAAAUUUCCGAAGGAAAUGUUGCCACAGCCGCAGCAGCUGCUCUUGCCUCAGCUGCUACCAAAGCCAAGCAUCUUGCUGCUGUGGAAGAGAGAAAGAUCAAGUCCCUAGUAGCUCUCCUGGUUGAGACACAAAUGAAGAAACUAGAAAUCAAACUUCGACAUUUUGAGGAGCUGGAAACUAUCAUGGACAGAGAGAAAGAGGCUCUGGAACAACAGAGACAGCAGUUGCUUACUGAACGCCAGAACUUCCACAUGGAACAACUGAAGUAUGCCGAAUUACGAGCCCGACAGCAAAUGGAACAGCAGCAGCAUGGGCAGAACCCUCAACAGUCACACCAGCACUCAGGAGGACCGGGUUUAGCCCCACUUGGAGCAGCAGGGCAUCCCGGUAUGAUGCCUCAUCAGCAGCCCCCUCCCUACCCUCUGAUGCACCACCAGAUGCCACCACCUCAUCCACCCCAGCCAGGUCAGAUACCAGGCCCAGGUUCCAUGAUGCCUGGGCAACCCCUGCCAGGCCGCAUGAUUUCCACUGUCGCAGCCAACAUCCACCCCUCUGGGAGUGGCCCUACCCCUCCUGGUAUGCCUCCAAUGCCGGGAAACAUCUUAGGACCCCGGGUACCCCUCACAGCACCUAACGGCAUGUAUCCCCCUCCGCCGCAGCAGCAGCCACCACCACCGCCAUCUGCAGAUGGGGUCCCUCCACCUCCUGCUCCAGGCCCACCAGCCUCGGCCGCUCCUUAGCCUGGAAGAUGCAGGGAACAUCCGUGCCCACUGCCAUGAGCUGGAGUGGGGAUGACAAGACUUGUGUUUCUCAGCUUUCUUGGGUUACUUUCAGGAUUUUUCUUCUUACAGCCCCAAGCACACGUCCCUCCCCACUCCUCUUGCCACCCCUCUCCAUGCUCUGACACUUCUUCUGUCAGGUCCUCAGCCAACACUCAAGGGGAAACCUGUGGUGACAGUGUGUCCUGGUCAUCCUAAAAAUAACCUGCAUCUCCCCUGUCCUGGGGUAGGGGUAUACUGACAGUUUCUCUGCAGGUCCUGUCAACAUUAGUAUUCUAUGUCUUUAUCACUUUUGCUCUCCUGUAGUUUUUUACUUUGUCUUAUACUUCUAUGGAUAAUGCUUUGUAAUCAUUAUCUUUUUUUCUUUCUGUUGUCAUUAUUGUUUUAAAGGAGAGCAUCCUAAGUUAAUAGGAACCAAAAAAUGGUAAUGGGCAGAAGGGGGAUAGCCACAGGGGACAAACCUUAAGGCAUUAUAAGUGACCUUAUUUCUGCUUAUCUGAACUAAGAAUGGUGCUGGUGGUGAAGUUUCAUGAGACUUUUGUGACACAUAAUUGCACCAAAAUUAAAAGAGAUGGGGAAGGAGGACCUCAUUGAUUUUAUUCCCUAGUGAGGACUGUGAGGGCCUCCACCCUACCUGGCAGAACAUACCACUUUAACUAGUACAUGGUAGAGGAGAGCACAACAUUAGAACAAAUCCAUUCCUUCCCCAGGCCCAUUGGUUGUGAUUUUCUAUGCAGAUGAUUUGUUGGAUAGGGGUGGGUGUUUUGUUUUUCUGGGGGCAGUAUGAGCUCUGAGGGUUGGAAUAUCGGGAGGCAUUCCUUAGUUCCUAGACUACGCAGGAAAGUUUUAGGAGUCUAGGGCAAUGGCCCCCCCACUGAAUCUAGCCUACUAUUCACUGCUUUGUGUGCAUUUUUUUUUUCUCCCUCUUAAAAAAAAAAAAAACCCUUUAAAAGAAAAAAAAGACAUAGGUAGUGCUAAACACUUUAGCUCAUGGAACUUGGUUAGGAUGGCUGGGGGUACAAGUCCCCAAACUACCUCUUGCAGUAGCCAGGGUGAGUGGAAUUUCGUGAAGCGGUACUUUAGGUUUGGGAUGGGAUUGGACAAGCGAGACAGAAUCAUCGGCCUCUUGUACGUACUUUCUCCUUCCCUUUCUGAGAUCUCACAUUCCAUCUAUCACAGGGUUGUCAAGGAGAUGAUGAGGGUACCAAGGAACUCACUUGGCAGUCAGAGCAUCAUGCUUUUAGGUUUAAGGUGCUCAGGCUGGGAGGGUGGAAUGCCAUUCCAGAGGAAGAGCCACAAAAUGCCUUAAUUUGAGCCCAUAUCUACCCCUGCUGAUGAGUGACUUGAGAGUCUUGGUUUUCUCUUCCUGUCCUUCCUUCCCUUCUAUCCUUCCCUAAGUAGGGAAAGGGUGUUUUUGUUGGAGCUUGGUUUCCAAAGCACCUGGCUUCUUCACUUUACAUUCUCAAGUGGCAGUUUCAUUAUUUAGAAUGCAAGGUGAAACAUCUUUUGCUAUAUAUUUCCUAAUGCUUUGCAUAUGAGAGGGUGUAGGGAGGUGUUUGUAAAACACCUUAGAACUUUUUUCCUUAAUAUCAGAAAGUAAAAAAAUAAAACCACAAUUAAGAUUUGCCUUUGAAACCCUCAGGUUUGCCUCUAACCAGGUGGCCCUGGUCACCAUCAGAGGACUGGAAUACUGGAAGCGAGGAGACCUUGUUCCUUUUUAUGUUUGUUCUGGACUCUUGGAGUGGAAAUGAGAAUGAGCUUAUUCAUACUGAAGUUUAGUUCCAAUGCAUAUGCCUCCAGAAAGACCCCAGUGCCUUUGAUAAUGGCCAGGGUUUUCCCUACAUCUCGCCAGUCUUUCCCAAAGGAAACUCAUUCCAAAUACUUACCUUUUCCCCUGGAGUUCUAGAAGUAAAAUGGAAUUCUGGUUCAUACUGUGGUCCCUUGUAACCUCAGGUCUUUAACGUGAUCACUUUCAAAUUUAAAAGAUUCCAGGUGGAAAUAUUUUUACUAUGCUGAUAAUAAUUCUGCAAAGUACCUGAAUUCUUAAUGCUGUUAUGUUUCAGUAUAAGUGGUGACUUUCCUUUUCAUGUCUUUAGUCUGGUUUUAUUCCUAUAAUACAGCCACCCGAUUUUGUGAGGGGGGAAUAAUAUGUGGUUUUUGUACAAACGUGUUUCUCGGUGUCUUGUUAUUUUGGAAAAAUGAGGGGAGGGAGCUUUGAGAGAUUAGAGGAAAUGGAUGAAGAAGUGUGAUCUCCCUCUUUUUCAGUGAAUAAAUGAAACACCAUUUCUGGA